CGCUAUGAGUGACGAGGAAGAGCAAUUUAAUCCCAAAGCACAUAAGAAGCUAUUACAAGGCAUUAGCAGCCUAGGCAAAGCGCAGCAUAUAAGAAAGACAACACGUAAUGAACCUAUACGUCAGCAGGAUGAGUUUCAGUUGGUUAAACCGGGGGACGAAUCAGCGACACGUUAUCCAGUUGGCUUGCAUGAUAUUGUAAAAGUCUUGCAAACAACUAAGAGACAUUUAGAUGCCGGAAAACAACUUAAAAUUGUGCAGUCCUCAAAAAAACUACUUGAUAAGCCACUAGAGAAGCCACAGGCAGAUCGUGUUAAACGUGGACUAGGAUAUGAUAAAACUAAAAAAAAUUUGGAACGAUGGGAUGCGGUUGUGUCUCAGAAUCGUAAUGCAGAAACUCAAGUUUUUCCAUUACGCUCUGAAACUAUUUACGUCGAUACCUCUAUGUACCGUAAACCAUUGGAACGAUCACUUAAAUCUGAGUUAGCACUCGAGUUGGAAGCAGAACAAGCUCGUUUAAAAGCUGCAAAGCGUGAGUUAGCAGGUGAAACAGAGGAUGUGGAGGAACUAGCCAAAAAGGAAGAAGAGUUAUUGAAGAAAAAACUAACACGAGAUGAGCUUAUUGAACGUCGUAAAGAGUUAAAAUACUUAAAAAUCAGAGAGUCCCAAAAGUCAUUAAAAGCACGCAAGCAAAACAAAAUCAAAUCGAAAAAGUAUCACAAAUUGCUUAAAAAACAAAAAAUGCAGGAUCAAAUCAAACAAUUUGAAAUUUUGCAAAAAACCAAUCCCGAAGCAGCUUUGGAAAAAUUGAAUGAGUUAGAAAAGAAUAGAGUGCUGGAAAGAGCUAGUUUACGUCAUAAGAAUACUGGUACCUGGGCGAAGAAUUUGCAAAUACGUGCAAAAUAUGAUAAGGACGUAAGAAAGGAUUUGUCUGAACAAUUGCAAAUUAGUCGUCAAUUAACACAAAAGAAAACCGAUAGCGAUGAUGAAAAUGAUGACGACACUGCCACAAAGACUGCACAAAUCGGUAUGGAAAAAGAGUUGAAUGAAUCCGAUCCCUUCAACCCAUGGACGCGCAUAGGCAGCAUUCAAAAAGACGACGAAGCUAAUGAAGGUGAGGGUGAGAAUUGGAGAAAGUAUUGGCUAGACCGCAAUGAGAAUGAAAAAAUGCUAGAUGAGUACAAAAAGCUCUUAGUUGAAGAACAAAUGUCUGAUGACGAUGAACAAGAAAUUAAAGAAACUGUAGAAACGGUAGAAAAAGAUGAAAAGUUAACUGAGGUGGAUGGUUCUAGUAAAAAAGCAGCUAAACAAAAAGCGAAAAAAGUUAGCCAGUUAAAUAAAAAUGUAAAAAAAGCUAUGAAAAACACUGCAGUGCUCGAUAAAGAAAUUGAAUCCAGUCUGAGUGGUGAAUGGUUAGUUGAACAGACCGACAGUUCCAAGUCAGAAAAUGCUUCGAAUGCCAAGGAUGAUACCAAUAUUGAUGAUAUUUUUGAUAAGCAAGAGGAUAAAAUUAAACUAAGAAUGAAUAAAAAAUUGAAGGAAUUGACUAAAAAAGCUAAGCUUUUGAAAAAGAGUCAGACAAAGGGUGUAAAACAAAAAAAGCGCGCGAAAAAGGAUGAACUAAAGAAUUUAAAAGAUUUAUCGUUUAAAAAAGAAGUAAAACGACCAAUAAUAGAUGAAGAACUUGGUAUUGAAGAAAUUAAUAAGAGUAAAGUUGAUCGCAAUUUGGAAAAAGUGAAAGAUGUGGAGUGUGUUGAAAAUACGCAGUCUGUGGCGAUUGAACCACCAUCAAAAGAAAUAAAACCGUCGGCAAUUAUUGAUCCUAACAAACUCGCUGAUGUGAAACUUAAACAACAUAUGAAUAACUUCAUUGGCUUAAAUGAAUCUAUCGGUGCUGCAGACGAUGACGUUGACAUGAGUGGCGAUGAAGAUAAUGAUAAGGCUUUCUUAGAUCAACAAAUGACAAUCAGUCAGGCAUUUGAAGACGAUGAUAUUAUUGCCGACUUUACCCGCGAUAAAGCUAAAGACUCGGAGAUUAAAGACGCGGAAGUCGAUUUAUUUAUGCCUGGUUGGGGUUCGUGGGCUGGCUCUGGUAUUUCCGCCGAGAAACAAGCUGCUAAGAAAAACAAACGUCUGGUGCUAAAGUUAGCUAAAAAGGAAAAGCGUCGAGAUGAUAAUAAAGGAGGUCUGUAUAUCAACGAAACAGCGAGUAAACAAUUACGAUCUCAUUUGGUUUCUGAAGUGCCAUUCCCAUUUACAUCUGUAGCUGAUUAUGAGGGCAGCAUUCGUGCAACGAUUGGGCGAAAUUGUGUACCAGAAACAGCGUUCCGUAUGCUAACACGACCGGCUGUCAUAACGCAUAAGGGUCAAGUAAUUGAACCCAUGGAUCAAAGUGAAAUAACGAAACCGCAGCGCAGGUUAAGACAUGUAGUUGAUAGAAGGAUAGCAAUAAUGAAUGAGAAUGUUCCUUCAAAAAUUAUUAAAACUAAAUAAUGUUUUAAAAUAUUAGAUAUUUUUUUCUAUUUUUUUAAGAAAUGUAUAUGUACAAAUGUACAUAAAUUUACGGUAGUUAAAUGCUUUGUCAGUCUGGCUAUACAAUGUAACUUAUGUUAUAAUGUUGUAAUAAUUACAAAACAAAUACAAUAUACAAGAGUUUUUCAAUAGACAAAUUUCAAAAAAAAAAAAAAACAAUUAAGGAAGGGCAAUUAAGGAAGGGCUUUAUUUAAGGCUUAGUUAUGGCACUUUAUGUGUUUUCGGUUUUCGCCAUUUUGUGGGCGUGGCAGUGGUCCGAUUUUGCUUAUUUUCGAAAGCAACCUUCAAGUUUCAUUAAGAUAUCUUAAUUUUUACUCAAGUUACAGCUUGCACAGACGGACGGACGAACGGACAGACAGACAUUUGGAUUUGAACUCCACUAUUCACCCUGAUCACUUUGGUAUAUAUAACCGUAUAUCUAACUCGUUUAGUUUUGGGUGUUACAAACAACCGUUAUGUGAACAAAACUAUAAUACUCUCUAGCAACUUUGUUGCGAGAGUAUAAAAAAUAUAUUCGAAUAUUUAAUUCUUUUUUUAAAGCUAAAAAAUGCAGUGGUCUAAAGAAACUGAUUCAUUAUUUCCAUAAAUUUUGGUAUGGAAUAUCUAUUAUUAAAUAACAUCGUUUUACCUAUGUGUCUUGAAAUAUUUCAAAGUUUUAUUAAAUCUUAUUAGAAAUAUCAUAAACAUAAAAUUUACAUUGUUUAUUUUUUAAAUUGACAUUCGCGAAAAAAAUAUAUGGAUAUGAAAAGUGUUAAAAAUAACUAACAAUACAUACAAAUUAUAAAAAUUAUUUCAUUAAUUGGCUAUUGUAUAUUUAAAAAUAUUUUAAACCUUUUGUGUUACGGCAACUCUGACAAAACUGGUACUGGUGCACAUUUUGUGCUGUCAUACUAGAAUUCUGCAUUCGAAAAUCGACGGCGAAAAAUCUACGAAGCAAUAUACAUUAUUUUAAUGGUGUAUUACUUUUAAAAUAAAUAGUGUUUUGAAAAAUUGUUUAAAAUAAUAGCGAUCAUAUAAACCAAUAAAAUGUACGGGUUGAAAACACUUUUACCGGAA